AUGCCUCUCUAUCAGAGGUGCGUCGUCUCUGGAAUCGUGUCUCUGGCCGUUAUAACAACAUGCUGCUGUGCGAUCCUUCUUAAUGUGGAACAAUUGAAGGAAGAGCUGUUUAAUUUAACGAACAAUGGACUCGGUGUACAAGCAAUGCAGGAACAUUUUGAUCAGCUAUAUUUUAGUCCGGAACCUCUGGAUGGAGAAGACAUUGUGGAAAAGAUGAAAGAAGCACUGACAGAAAAAGUGAUAGAAACUGUCCAGGCACUUGAGAACAUCAAGGACGCAGUCCAGCAAUCUUUCUUACAGGACGAAAUCGAUUUCAUUCAGUGUUGUGAAAUGACUUACGAAAUGGAAUUUCACCAGUUAUUCGGCAAGGAGCUUGAUCCAGAGAUAGGUUGUAUACGAAUCGCCGACACCGCUGCACCUGGUGCCAGACGUCUCUCCAAUCAAGUCAUCGAUGUGAUGAAACAGAAUUAUAACAAUAUGCCUAAUUUGAAAUGGCAGUAUUUCGGCAGCGAAGAAGGGAUUUUCUCCAUAUAUCCUGCCUCCAUUGUAGACGACUGUUUUAAUUAUGAUCACAGAUACAGACCAUGGUACGUAGAAGCAGCAACACCAGAACCAAAGAAUGUAGUCAUCGUGAUAGACACCAGUGCGUCAAUGGAAGAGGAGACAAACGGGAAAACAUUGAUGCAGAUUGCUAUCGAUGCCGCCAUCACUGUGUUGGACACCAUGAAUCCCAGUGAUAAGGUCGGUGUCGUGAGUUUCUCAGACACGGUUUUUGUCCCUGGAGGUUUUGAAGACACGGAUUGCUACAAACAGGAACUGGCAAAGGCAACUUUGGUCAACAUUGAAAAUUUGAAAGAAUUUGUUUCAAAUUUGAGAUCCAUUGGUGGAACAAAAUAUGGGAUAGCUUUCACGACAGCAUUCGAUUUAUUGAGAUCAUCCUGGUUGGAAGAAGAACACAAAAGAGAGCAAGUAAUACUAUUUCUAACCGACGGUGAACCGAAUGAUGAUCCAUCUGACAUUAUGUCGGUUAUUCGUUCCAAAAAUGAGGAAAUGAUGAACAGAGUUGUUAUUCUAACAUUUGGUCUCGGCAAUGACGGUGGAUUGGAUUUCUUGGAAGAUAUUUCCUCACAGAAGUUUGAAGAUCACGGAUUGCCUAAAUAUAAUGAGUCCGUGGGUGAGGUGAAGCUGGGACAUUAUACGCAUGUGACUGACUACACUUUACUUCGGAGUAAAAUGGCACGAUAUUAUGAUUACUUUGCCUUUUACGAUAGUUUACAAGACGAACCGAUAUUCUCAGUGCCAUACCAAGAUGGGUUUGGAUUAGGUUUGAUGACAACAGCAGCGCUGCCUGUCAAAUACAAUAGAAAGUUAAUGGGCGUGGUCGGAGUGGACAUAACACUAGACGACUUACUUGCUGACGUCACCUUCUUUAAAAAAGGUGCAUCCUCGUAUGCGUUUAUCUUUGAGGCCAACAGUAAAGCGGCAGGUCGGGCAUUGAUUCACCCACUGUUACCAGCCCCAAUGGAUAUAGCAGAUGAACCAAUCUAUGUACAUAUCACUACAUUGGAACGUGAUACAGAGUUUUUCGAUUCUGUUUUCAAGAACGCCACAAAUGGCGACACCACCGGGGAAGCUACUUUUAUAUCUAAACGCUAUCUUCCUCGGGGUAAUUCAGACAAGGAAGGAGUUCGCACUACCUCAGUGGAGUCGACGUAUUACUGGCGUCCUGUUCAAGGGUCACCAUAUAUUUUGUGUCUUGUGCAAGGUACGGGUGAUUAUGAAGCUGUAUUGGCAAAACAAAUCACAGUGGUAAAUGGUACUGUACCAGUUUCUGACUAUCUACGUAGUUUUCACAGUCUGCUGGCUGCAAAUGAUGACUUCCUCUAUCACCGUCUUGAUCUGAUACCUCCAAGGAAAUCGUGCUCACAUUUCAACAGAUAUGCAACCAUAGAUCAGCCCGUAGUGAAAUUUUCACCGAAUGCCUUCAUAAACCCGACAGGAUAUCUCCAACUGAUCGAAACUGAGAAUGUAGUGCGCCAAUACGGGAACUAUAUGAAAGACUCAAGUAGCCUGAACACUUAUUUCAAAGAGGGAAUUCGUGACAUGGUUUUAGCCACAUCGAAGGUCAACGAACUGUGGACUCAGAAUAAUCUUGGUUUUGAGAAUUACACAUUGUAUCGUUUUAUUGGAAGUCAUAACGGCGUUUAUCGACAAUUCCCCGGAAUGAUUAUGAAUAAGAAAUUCGACGCCACCUCGCGGCCGUGGUACAUGCGAUCUAAAAGUAACCGGGGGAUUUUGACGUUAUCGGCGUCACGUGGGACUGACAACGAUGAAGGUAAUUUCAUCACACUUAGUAAAGCGAUAACAGAAAGUAUCACUUUCUUGAGUGGCACGUCCGAUGACGUCAUGGUUGUCAUGGGGAUGGACAUCACAUAUUCUUACUUCGACAAAUUGAUGAAAAAGAAUUACCCGCAAUGUGAAGAAAGCAAAUACAGGUGCUUCGUAAUGGAUAGCAGUGGCCAUCUUGUUAUGCAUCCCGAAUUCAUCCAACCCGGAAGUCGAUUGUACACACGUGGGGAGCACAUAACACAGAUAGAGCCGGCCAUCGCACAAGAUUUGAUCGAUAAAAAUAUAAUGAAGAAACGAAGAUGUGUGAACUUCCAAAACAUCAAGGAUCAGUAUUAUUAUGUUACAGAACACGGGUCACAGUCAAGAACCAUUGACAACCUUGAUAGUACAGAUUCAUGUACACGUUAUCAGUUCUCAGAGAUUCCUGAAACCAACGCGUAUCUUGGAAUCAUAGACCAGUCAAGAGCGUGUUUUCCUCAGCAAUGCGCAUGUGUUCACGAUCACUGUCAACGGAACGAUAAUGACGACUGCGAAUGUCCAUGCUUAUCAUCAGCCCGAUACGACUUCUGUAACGACCAAUUCUCGUUUUCAAGUGACGACGCUCCCUCGUGUACUCCGCCAAGUCCAUCGUUAUCGCGAGUAGUCGAAGAGGAAUUGGACACGGAAGAUUUGUAUCAAUGUUUUAAAGUUACGUGUGAGUUCGUUAAUAUACCGAGCGAGUGUAAUUCCUACAGUGGAUGUUUAUGGUCAGUGGAAAAUGAACAGUGUUUAGAAAACAGGGUUGGAUCCGAUGAAGAUGAGCACCUGCCCAUUUACCUUGCUGCCUGCGCCACCGCUGUGGUUGUUAUCGUAGGCGCCGUAAUUGGGCUGGUUGUCUACAGGAGAAAACUGCACGACAGAAACUACGAGCAACCGUCACCGAUUGGACAUAGCUAUCCUAAAGUUGGAAACAAUGUUCCAAGAGAAAACCCAGGAUACGCGCCUUCUCCCAGUGACUCACCAAGUGCACCAAGCGCCCCCGUUCAAGACGACGAUCAGUAUUCCGCUUUGGAUAUUGACGGUGGUGAUUAUAUAGCACCGAACCUUGAGGAACAUAGCCUGUAG